CGUCUGAAAGCUGGGGACUUGAGAGGGAGAGAGGCAGUGCAGCAGGAGUAGUUCGAGCAUUAUUGCACUUUCACUAGCGUAGUAUACUAUACAGUGAGUUAACCUUAGCCAUUCCAUUAUCUUUUUGCCACGGAACGUUACAGCGCACAUUUCCACAGUUGCGUGACGUAAACCUGUGUUAUGAAUCAAGAUAUCAAAAGCUAGCAGGCUGGGUUGCUAACUCAGCUAGCGUGUAGCAUAUUCGCUAGCCACACGUUACAUUGUAGUGUGUCGGCACUCUUCGCCUCCACUCGGACAUGGCACGUAGGAAAGAAGUAUUUCAAUCAAAAGUGCUCCAGAGGCUUUACCCUGCAGUUCCCAAGCGGGAGAAGGAACCCAGUCCACCAAGCAUUGUAGAUGCUCUAUCCAAAAAAAACCAUGUGACAAGCAAAGUCUCUCAACAGGACACUGCCAUUGCAGACGCCGGGACGACACAGAGUGCAGUCAAUCCGGGCAGGCGGGUGUACACUGCCCUACCUCCUCCUGUAGACUAUAAACCUGAUAUAGAGAUACCCAUCACACUCUCCCAGUUAGAAAGCAUAAACAGUGCAGAGGACCCAGCUGAGGAGAGCAUCCAUGAUAGCAGCGAAGAACUAGACCAAGAUAAAGACGAAGAACAGAAAAGAAGAAGGAGAAGAAGGAAAAGGAAACCAACCCUUCAUCAAGACUCUGGGAAAGGGGGAGCAGCUUCAGCGAGGGAGCCCGGCACAGGUCAGAGUCAGACACAUUUGGAUGAGGCAGGAGAGCAAAUUAGCAAGAACAAGAAAAGGAAGCUGAAGAAGAAACGGCACAAAGAGAAGCUCCUCUCCAUCGGGCUGAUGCCCCGAGCCGCUGCUCUGGAGUUCACAUACCAAAGAGAUGGGGAGGAGGAGAAGGAGGAGGAGGAUAAUGAAAGGAGAGCAGCCGAGGUGUCAGACUUCCUCAGGACAACAAUGGAAAUCUAUAUGUCUGAUUCCUCCUCGCGUUUAGACAAGCUGCCCCUCCUGUCUGGGACAGUGGAUGAUCUUCUGGGCAGCAUCGCAAGCGGAUGGCGGCCCACGUCUGUCCUGAAGCAGCUGUACACUCUCAAGGCCUUAGUCCAGCAGCAAGAGGCAGACAAACUGGAAAUAGCCCUGCAGGAGCUCCACAACACAUCUCCUCUGUCUGCAGAGGAAACCGCUGCAGUCGCUGCACUGUUCCAAUACUGGAUCACAGACAUUCUUCCCAUGCAAGGAGACAAGAAGACAGAGCUUUCUCCUGAUGCACCCAGGGGGAUGUAAAUCACACUGAAAAGAGAGACUAUACUGAAGGAUUAUUUCUACUGUGGUGGUGCUGAAUAAUGUAUGUUGUUAUAAAAAUAUUUUUCCAUUUAUUCUA